UGUUCUCAGGCAGUCACCGGCCGCUGGGGCUGCUGCGCUUCUCCCCGGAGUGUCUUCUCCUCUCCCUACUUUUUUGUUUCUCACAGUUUCUACUCCAUUUGUAAGUCUCAAGCCUUGCCUUCUAACUCCAGGCGCUUAGCUGUUUGUUUCAAAACUUGCUCUCUGGACCCCUGGCUGGGAAGGACUUCUGGAGAGUCCUGCCUGGGGCUGAACGUGAUAGGUUUUGGAGGGAAAGCAGGUAGACUGUUGACAGGUGACCCCAGGAGGGGACUUUCUGGAGCUGGCAUCUUCUCCCAACACCGCUUCCAGGGGCUCCAGCCCAGGACAGCACUGACUGACACCCUUGAGCACCUCUGUGCCAGGAGAUGCUCUGCUAGACCUCGUCAGGGCUCUUCCUGGCCUGGAGAUGCUGGUCUCCAAGAGCAAGAGAGCCGCGGCAGGCCUCCUUGGGAACGCCACAGCCUGCCUCCUCUGGACGCUGCUGCUGUGGAGCGGGGACCGCGGCUGCCAGGCCCAGCGGGCAGGCUGCAAAACUGUGCACUAUGAUCUGGUGUUCCUCCUGGACACCUCCUCCAGCGUGGGCAAGGAGGACUUUGAGAAGGUCCGUCAGUGGGUGGCCAACCUGGUGGACACCUUCGAGGUGGGCCCAGACGGCACCCGCGUAGGUGUGGUGCGCUACAGCGACACGCCCACCACUGCCUUUGAGCUGGGCCGCUUCAGCUCCCGGGAGGAGGUCAAGGCUGCAGCRAGGCGCAUCACCUACCACGGAGGCAACACCAACACGGGCGACGCGCUGCGGUACAUCACCAGCCGCAGCUUCUCCCCGCAGGCCGGCGGGCGGCCCGGAGACCGUGCCUUCAAGCAGGUGGCCAUCCUGCUGACCGACGGCCGCAGCCAGGACCUGGUGUUGGACGCGGCCACCGCCGCCCACGCUGCAGGCAUCCGCAUCUUUGCGGUGGGCGUGGGUGCGGCGCUGAAGGAGGAGCUGGAGGAGAUCGCCUCGGAGCCCAAGUCUGCCCAUGUCUUCCAUGUGUCCGACUUCAACGCCAUCGACAAGAUCCGUGGCAAGCUGAGGCGCCGCCUGUGUGAAAAUGUGCUCUGCCCCAGUGUCCGAGUAGAAGGAGAUCGCUUCAAGCACACCAACGGAGGCACCAAGGAAAUCACAGGUUUUGACCUGAUGGACUUGUUCAGUGUGAAGGAAAUCUUGGGGAGGAGAGAGAACGGAGCACAGAGUUCCUACGUUCGGAUGGGGUCCUUCCCUGUGGUGCAGAGGACAGAGGACGUGUUUCCCCAGGGUCUUCCCGAUGAAUAUGCCUUCGUCACAACCUUCCGGCUCAGGAAAACAUCUCGGAAAGAAGACUGGUACAUCUGGCAGGUCAUCGACCAGUAUGGCAUCCCGCAGGUCUCCAUCCGGCUGGACGGUGAGAACAGGGCUGUGGAGUACAGCGCCGUCGGUGCCAUGACAGAUGCAGUCAGGGUGGUCUUCCGAGGUCCCCGGGUCAGCGACCUCUUUGACCGAGACUGGCACAAGGUGGCCCUGAGCAUCCAGGCCCAGAACGUCUCCCUCUACAUCGACUGUGCACUGGUGCAGACGCUGCCCAUCCAGGAGAGAGAGAACAUCGACAUCCAGGGCAAGACUGUGAUCGGCAAGCGUCUGUAUGACAGCGUGCCCAUUGACUUUGACUUACAGCGGAUUGUGAUUUACUGUGAUGCGAGACACGCGGAGCUGGAGACUUGCUGUGACAUCCCCUCGGGACCGUGCCAGGUGACUGUGGUGACAGAGCCUCCGCCUCCACCCCUGCAACCACCCACCCCUGUCAGUGAGCAGAUUGGGUUCUUGAGGACCAUCAACUGCUCCUGCCCACCUGGAGAAAAGGGCGAGAAGGGCGCAGAUGGCGCCGUGGGACUCCCUGGUCUGAAGGGAGACAUAGGAGCCACUGGGCCACUGGGUGCUUCUGGACCCAAGGGAGAGAAAGGGGACAUGGGCAGGGGACCCUUUGUCCAAGGAGAAAAGGGUGAAAAGGGUUCCCUGGGCCUUCCAGGUCCCCCUGGGAGAGACGGCAGUAAAGGCAUGAGAGGGGAGCCAGGAGAGCUGGGGGAGCCCGGGCUGCCUGGAGAGGUGGGCAUGCGGGGUCCCCAAGGACCACCUGGACUUCCGGGGCCUCCUGGGCAAGCUGGAGCUCCUGGUCUCCAAGGAGAACGAGGGGAAAGAGGACCUCGAGGAGAAAAGGGCGAGCGAGGCCUGGAUGGAUUCCCAGGAAAGCCAGGGGAAACAGGAGAGCAGGGCAGACCUGGCCCUCCUGGUGUGGCAGGACCCCAGGGAGAGAAGGGAGACGCGGGACCUGCGGGACCUCCUGGUGUGCCYGGCUCUGUGGUGCAGAGAGAAGGCCUGAAGGGAGAGCAGGGAGCUCCAGGACCAAGAGGUCACCAGGGCCCACCUGGACCCCCAGGAGCUCCGGGUCUGAUGGGUCCAGAAGGCAGGGGUGGACCCCCUGGUUUGCAAGGUCUCCGAGGGAAGAAAGGUGACGUGGGCCCACCAGGAGUCCCUGGAUCCCUGGGGCUGCAGGGUCCCCCUGGACCACCUGGUGUCCCAGGACCUCCUGGACCAGGAGGYCCCCCGGGUUUACCUGGAGAGAUUGGCUUCCCGGGCAAACCUGGGCCUCCUGGCCAUGCGGGGCCACCUGGAAGGGAUGGGCCGAAUGGACCACCAGGUCUGCCGGGAUCCAAGGGAGACCCUGGAGAGAGAGGGGAAGGCGGCCUGCCUGGGAAGCCCGGACCUCRGGGUGAAGUUGGGGAGCAGGGCCUGGCAGGCCACCCUGGAGAGAAGGGAGAAGCAGGCCUCCCGGGGGCUGCAGGCUUCCCAGGUGUGCGGGGAGAGAAAGGAGACCAGGGAGAAAAGGGUGACCUGGGACUUCCUGGCCUGAAAGGUGACCGGGGUGAGAAGGGUGAAGCUGGCCCUGCAGGCCCGCCUGGGCUACCUGGAACUACAUCCCUGUUCCCACUGCACCCAAGAAUGCCUGGAGAACAAGGGCCAAAAGGAGAGAAAGGUGAUCCRGGAGUGCCUGGGGAGCCGGGACCACAGGGACGUCCUGGAGAUUUGGGCCCUCGGGGACCCAUUGGACCUCCGGGUGGCAAGGGACAAGACGGCACACAUGGGRCCCCUGGAGCGGCUGGAAACCCUGGUGCUCCUGGACCUGCAGGGCCCCCAGGUCCCAGUGGACCCCCUGGAAGCGUGGGCUCCACUGGCCUCAGAGGUCCCCCUGGGAAAGAUGGGGAGCGUGGUGAGAAGGGAACAGCAGGGGAAGAAGGAAGCCCAGGACCUGCUGGCCCCAGGGGCGAUCCUGGUGCUCCUGGGCUCCCUGGGCCACCUGGAAAAGGGACCGAUGGCGAGCCGGGUCUGCGUGGAUCGCCUGGAGCCCCUGGACCCCCAGGAACCAAGGGGGACCGAGGAGCACCUGGGAUCCCUGGCUCUCCUGGUAGUCGUGGUGACCCGGGCAUCGGGGUUGCUGGCCCUCCUGGCCCUUCCGGACCACCAGGAGACAAAGGACCCCYGGGAUUGCGAGGCUUACCUGGAUUUCCCGGCCCCCAGGGACCAGCUGGCCAGGAUGGUGCACCAGGGAAUCCAGGAGAAAGAGGGCCUCCUGGAAAACCAGGCCUUUCUUCACUACUGUCUCCAGGGGACAUAAAUCUCUUGGUUAAGGAUGUGUGCAAUGAUUGUCCUCCUGGCCCCCCAGGCCUCCCUGGUAUGCCAGGAUUUAAAGGGGACAAAGGUCUUCCAGGAAAGCYGGGGAGAGAAGGCCCAGAAGGGAAAAAGGGAGAUGCUGGGCCCCAAGGCCUGCCUGGGCCCCCAGGAGUAGCUGGACCACAGGGGAGCCAAGGAGAGCGUGGUGCCGAUGGUGAGGCUGGACAGAAAGGCGAUCAGGGGCAUCCUGGAGUUCCAGGCUUCAUGGGUCCUCCAGGGAAUCCUGGGCCACCAGGAGCAGAUGGAAUUGCAGGAGCUGCUGGACCACCAGGAAUUCAAGGGCCACCGGGAAAAGAAGGUCCCCCUGGCCCCCAAGGCCCAUCUGGAAUACCUGGAGUCCCGGGCGAAGAAGGCAAACCGGGCAGAGAUGGAAAGCCAGGUCCCCCUGGAGAGCCGGGCAAAGUGGGAGAGCCAGGUCUACCAGGAGCAGAGGGUCCCCGAGGCCCACCUGGCUUCAAGGGACACACAGGUGAUUCUGGAGCACCUGGUCCCCGGGGAGAGCCUGGUGCCACAGGGCCCCCUGGCCAGGAAGGAUCACCAGGGAAAGAUGGUGAUGUUGGACCGUCGGGACCACAGGGUCCCCGAGGGCCAAGGGGCCCACCGGGUAACAAUGGAUCACCAGGCUCUCCAGGAGACCCUGGCCGCCCAGGAAGCCCAGGCCAGAAGGGGAACAAAGGAGAAAAUGGCAGCCCUGGACUUCCUGGCUUCCUGGGGCCCCGGGGGCCUCCGGGAGAACCCGGAGAGAAAGGUGUCCCAGGCAAAGAGGGUGCUCCCGGGAAGCCAGGAGAACCCGGAUCCAAAGGAGAAAGGGGAGACCCCGGGAUCAAAGGGGACAAAGGACUGCCUGGUGGGAAGGGCCAGCCUGGGGACCCUGGAAUCCCAGGCCACAAAGGCCACACAGGCCAGAUGGGCCCCCAAGGGCCACCUGGGGAGAGUGGACCAGCAGGGCCCCCAGGGCCUCCAGGCCAGCCAGGCUUUCCAGGACUGAGGGGGGAGUCCCCGUCCAUGGACACCCUGCGGCGGCUCAUCCAGGAAGAGCUUGAGAAGCAGUUGGAAGCCAAACUCGCCUACCUCCUGGCCCAGAUGCCCCCGGCACACAUGAAGGCCUCUCAAGGCAGACCUGGCCCCCCAGGACCCCCUGGAAAAGAUGGGCUUCCAGGUCGAGCAGGCCCCAUGGGAGAGCCUGGACGCCCUGGCCAGGGGGGUCUGGAAGGACCCUCUGGACCCAUGGGUCCCAAAGGUGAACGAGGAGCCAAAGGUGAGCCAGGUGCACCUGGAGUUGGCCUCCGAGGCGAGAUGGGACCCCCUGGAAUCCCAGGUCAACCUGGGGAACCUGGCUAUGYUAAAGAUGGAAUCCCAGGGAGUCCUGGCCCUCAGGGAGAGACAGGACCAGCUGGACACCCUGGCCCUCCAGGCCCACCUGGGCCCCCUGGCCAGUGUGACCCUUCCCAGUGUGCCUACUUCGCCAGCCUUGCUGCCCGGCCGGGAAAUGUGAAAGGCCCCUAGAAGCUUCUUGAAAGUCAGAAGACUAUGGCAGAUUUCUGAAACUUGAACUUGGAGCCCAGUGGGAAGCCAGAGGCCUUGAAGCGUCUCAUCUCUUUCCCUCUUCCCACUUUCCUCCCUCCCCCUUUUCUUUCUUUCUCCUUUUUCUUCUUUCCCUCUCUCUCAUUGUCUUUUCUUGAGAGACCUCAGAAUUAUUAAAACCAGCAGGUGCUGCUGGCUGUUGAGAUUAUUAUUAAUAUUAUUAUUAUUGUUAAUUAUUAUUAUUCCAUAUUCUGAUGCUUGUGAGUUUUUCCCUCUCCUCUGAAGCUGGGGAAACUUGAUUGUGGGGCAGGAGGUGMACCUAUCUGAAGUGCAGCUGCCAAUUUUUCGGAAACUCUUGGUGCUACGAAGCYCUGAGCAGACACCUCCCCAGACACCUGCCGAAGUUACCUUUUUCCUUAAACAAAAACCAGGAAGUGGAGCCAGUGAGCUGCUAUGCCACCUGCGCCCAGAGAUUGUCCAGGGAGGAAUCAUCUAAAACCACCUCCUCCCAGGAGAGAGGCAGUAGGCAGGAGGGAGGGUUUUGCAGACUUGAAGAAUGUUCUGGACUCCUGAGGGCAAGUGCAAGGAGAGAGCUAAGCCCUUGGGGCACCUCGACCUCUGCAUUUCAAGCUUGCAGAAGCCAAGAAAUGUCAGGGGCGUUGGCAAUGGCUCUGUGGGCCAAAGGAAAACCAGUAUUGAAGYAGCCUGGAGGUUAAUUUGCUCCUCCACCACGGGGAGGACUCCUUUAACCUCCUCUUGUUGGUGUCAGUCAUAUUAAUUGUGAAAUAAAGGAGUCCAGUGACCACUCUCGUGUUCCCCAACAGUGGGCCACUGGCCAGGGYACUGACCAGAGCUGUGUCUCCAGGGUUCCAGUGCUGAAAUAAUUGCUUUGGGUGUACGUGUGUGUGACAUGCCCGGCAGA